AGCACUUAACGUGGUGGUAAAAUCAAGGAAGCCAAGCUGAAAGCCUGCAGGAAGGAUGAGUCUUAAUUACCAGCAGCAUCCAAAUGCAGCAAAUCUUGAGCAAUUUCUCAAAACGUCUCAUGACCUAGCACCAAAUUUGUACCAGUGUCUGCAGCGGCCCCUCGUAGCGCUGGGGACCACCAGAGGACACUGCAUGAAGCUGUUCUCUCGUUUCUGACCAGGAAUCCUCUCUGUGCUGUUCGCUGUGUUUCCCAGCAGGAUUUUCUAAGGACGCCUCGUGACUGCGGGGGGCACACGGUGCCAGCAGAAGGUGCUGUGUGCCGGGGCUGUUGGAGCUGAGAGCUCAGCCUGCUGACCCUGCCGGGGAUGGGAACCAAGCAAGAGGCCGAAACAGGCAACGAGAAACCUUCAGCAGCCACCUUUGAACCCGUGGGAGUUUCACUGAGCUGCUGGGGCUCCGCGGAUCUGUUUGGGGGCGAGGCGUCGCUCCUGCUGGGGUGGGAGAAGCCCGAGGAAGCGAGGGGCAGAAGGUGGCAGCUCUGGGAUAGGUGUGAGUGGCCUCAGCAGUGAGGCUGUGCUUUGCUGCCUGGUCCUGGAGGUUCUUGCUUAACUUCUCCGCUGCUGGCUCCGAGCUGCGAGCCCUGGGUCGGUGGGGGGGGGUCUGCUGUGUGCCUUUUCCAGCUGGCUGCACAGGCAGAGCCUUUGUGGGGGGGGCCACGUCAGCCCCUCUGCCCUCCCUGCUGGGCUGGUUGGGAGCAGAGGGAGCAGCCGAGCAGCCGCCCUCCUCCAGGGGCAGGCUCUGUUCCCGGGGCUCUGCCCACCCUGUGGGGGGCCCGAUGGAUCCCUUGGGUGCUGGAUCCACUAGAGGGCACCCCCCGGCCACCCAGGGAUGGGGAUGGGGCUCCGAAAAGCCAGACAAAAACCAAAUCCAGGUGACAUUUCGGCUGGAGCUGUGCCCCAGGGGGCCACAGCCUCUGGCUGCUGCAGCUCCUGGAGCCGCCUCACCUGUGGGGGCAAAAUCACGCUGGAGGCUCGUUGUGGUGCACUCGCUUUGUUUUAAUGAAAGCCUGGGUGCUGAAGCACAACUUCCCCGUCCCGGAGCACAGGAGAUGUUUGUAAUCAUGGGCACCAGGCCUUGUUUAACAGUCCCCAGCCCGCUCACAAAUCCCGGAGCUGAGCUAGCACCUCGCAGCUCCUCAGCAGAGGAAGGCAGAGCCUGGAGGGCCUCGUGGUUCACGGGCACGGGGCGUGCAGAGAGCUGUAGCAGCUCGCCAGGGCAGAGCCCUUUUUCCUUUCAGAGCCGUGCCAGCAGUCCUCGUCUCGGUAGCCAAGUUCCUGGAGCCCUCUCCACAGCUCCUGCCUCGCUGCUGGCGAGGAGCAGAGCUCCGCGGGCACCUCUCUGCCAACAACCCCCCGGUGCUAAUUUCUCCUCUAAAAUUCCUCAGGGAAAAAUGCCCCAGGCAGAAUCCGCAGCUGACCAAGGAGGUCUUGGAAGGGGGCACCCAAGCCAAGCAGGGAACAGCUCCUGCUGCAGGAAGGUGCCUCCGUGCCGGGGCCAGGCUGAGGCUGCAUCCACGUGCUGCUCCGGUGGAGGUGGUGGGGUCAAAAUCAGAGAGCUUGUUCCAGGGGUCUCAGGCUUUGAAGCAGUCGUUGGUCCUGCUGAGAGAUGUCCCUUCUCCGGUCCCCGUUUGGUGAGAUGGAAGCAGGAGGUGCCUGUGGGGCUGGGGGGGGGGCUUCUCAAACCUCAUCCCGGUGGAGCAGGACCGCGACGGCUGAGGGCUGCGGCGCUUCUGCUGCCGCCACGCAGGGGGGCUAAGGGAGGGGGGGCCCAGCUCCCACUUUGCUGGUGCUUCCCUGGAGAACGCCUUGACCCCAAGGAGGUGCCAGGUGGUGGUGGUGUGGGGACGGCUGCCGAAUGCAGCAGGACCAACUCUGCUGUGCCAGGAGCGCUGUGGGACGGCUCCUGCCUGCUCCUCCUGGGGCCAGGCUGGGCAGGAGGUGAAGGUGAGGAGGGGAACGGAGCAGGGUCCAGCUGGAGCCGUGCUGGGCUGCAGCUCACACUGCGCGGUCCCUUCCUCUGUUCCCCCGUAGCCCCUCUCCUUCCCUCACACCUCCCCGCACAUCCUUCCCUCUCCGUUCAGCCAAUUCUCUCCCAAAUAAACCUGAAAUCUCUAUAUUUGAAGCAGGACUUGGCGUGCUGUUUGGUGAGCUGGGUGGGGGCGCACACCUUGCGGCACCGCAGCCUCCCUGUCCGCACCGGGCACCGCGGGGCUCGGCCGGGCCGUGGAGCUGCCGAGGCGCUGGGUGCACCCGCGGGCUCUUGCACACGCUGUGCUUGGACAGCCAGAAGUGACAUGCCUCAGCUUGUCAUCCUGAGCUGAUCUCACUGCGGGCUCCUCAGAGCAUCCCUGGAGGUGUCCGGGCGGCGCUGCGGGGGCUGCGAGCCCCCUGCUUUGCGAUGGGGCCACACUGGGUGACAGCCCGCAAUGGGCA